AUGAUCCGUUUUUGCAGCUUCAUGCGGGUCUCCCCUGGGUCUUCUUCUCCUUCUUCUGCUUCCAUGGAGGUGAAUGCAGCUGAACCAGAUGAACAAUCACUUCCGUGGUCCAUUAAAUAUGGUGUUUUUGAUGAUCCGGAAACAUCUGUUGAGGUGGGUGAAAUUUACCAGGCUGAACUUCCAAUUUUAAUUUCAAAGUCUGAGUAUAUUUUGUUGCAAAAUAACACCGAGGCAGAAAGUAUACACCACAACUUUCAAAUAGGAUUACCUAUCCCAAUAACUUGGAUAAAGAGUUAUGAUAUUCGGGAAGAAACAAAGAUUGGGAUGCAUGAGGAGCAUGAACAUAAAGGGCAGAUUCUUGUUCCUGGCUCUCGAAGUGACAACUGGACUGAAAUUGAAGAGGCCGGUUUAGUCCUUGGUUUAUAUAUAUUUGGGAAGAACUUCGUUGAAGUGAAAAAAUUUAUCGGCAAUAAGAAGAUGAAGGACAUAUUGUCAUUCUAUUAUGGAAAAUUUCGUAAGUCUUACAAAUAUCAGAGAUGGUGUGGAUGUAGGGAAGGGAAAAGCAAGAAAUGCAACUUAGGGCAUAAAAUUUUCACUGAAUCAAGGCAACGUGAGCUUUUGUUUCGUCUGAUACCGAAUGUACCGGAGGAAGUUCAAAAUGAAUUACUUGAGGUGUCAGAGACACUUGCAGAGAGGAACAUUAGUCCAGAAGAUUAUUUUUCGACUCUGAAAAAUUUAAUUGGGCUCAAAGCCCUUGUUGAUGGAUUAGCAAUCGGUAAAGGAAAAAAAGAUCUUAUAUGCCCCCAUGUUGAUGAUGUAAAAUCCAAUGAAGCUGUUCUGGUCGGUCCUUCAAAAAUACCGAAGGGAAAAGCUUGUGCAAUGCUUGAACCCUCAGAAAUAAUAAGCUUUCUGACAGGAAACUUCAGAUUAAGUAAAUCUCGAACUGAUGAUCUCUUUUGGGAAGCCGUUUGGCCUCGUCUACUUGCAAGAGGUUGGCACUCGGAGGAACCUAGAUGUUAUAAUUAUGUUCCUUGUAAGAAUUCUAUGGUCUUCCUUGUCCCCCGAGUUAAACAGUUUUCAAGGAAUCUGCUGAAGGGGGUACAAUAUUUCGAUUCUCCGUUUGAAAUCCUCAAUAAAGUUGCGUCCAAUCCUGAGCUCAUUGAUCUAGAGAAAAAUGCAACGGUAAUUCCACCUCGGGAGAAAGUUCCGGAGGCUUUUGCAUUUGGAUAUCUAGACAAAAAGAAGCGCAACAGAAGUCAGGAGGACUGUUUAGUAUCAAAACCUUCACGACAUGUGUGUCGUAAAGUGGAAGGUUCUGGUAGUGGUGGUGUUGCAGGUUCUGAAAAUGAGGAAGGAGCAAAGGUUGUCUCCAACGGUAAUGGCAUUGCUAGCAGUAACGAAGGCUUCAAACAAUGAUGUCUUAUAAUGAGAGAUUGAAUAUGACUGUCAGUAUCUACUUAGCAGCAUAUGUUCAUGUAAGGACACAUAUUAAAAGACCUUUAUGCUUUU